CUCUCUCUCUCUCUCUCUCUCUCUCUCUCCAUUGGGGUUGCCCGUCCGCAAAAUUCCUUAAAACCCCUCUCAUCAGAAAACCCUCAAUUUCAGAAUUCCCCACACGGAUUCGUCCAAUUUUUUCGCAAAUAGAAACCUAAUUGCAGCGAAUUUUGCUUCAUCAAUGGCCGCGCCGGAGCUAGCUCAAACCGACCCGGAGGGAAUUGAAGGAGUCCGGAUGACGUGGCUGAAUUGGCCGCGAUCCAAGGUGGAGGCGUCGAAGUGCGUGAUCCCGAUCGCCGCCUCAAUUCAGCCGAUCCGCCCCCACGUGGAUCUGCAGAUCCUCCCCUACGCUCCCCUCCGAUGCAAAACUUGCUCCUCUGUGUUAAACCCCUUUUGCCGCGUUGAUUUCACCGCUCUCAUAUGGAUCUGCCCCUUUUGCUUUCAAAGGAACCAUUUUCCGCAGCACUAUUCCUCGAUUUCGCAGACGAACAUGCCUGCCGAAUUGUAUCCCAAUUUCCCAUCCAUUGAGUACUCAAUCCCUAACAACCAGAAUCCGCAGAAUUACAAUCCUGUUGUGGCUCCUUCUCCAAUUUUUCUGUUUAUUCUGGACACGUGCAUGAUCGAGGAGGAGCUGGAGGCCGCCAAAUCUGCGUUGAAACGAGCCAUCGGAAUGCUUCCCGAUAAUGCCAUGGUUGGGUUCAUAUCUUAUGGUACACAGGUGCAGGUGCAUGAAUUGGGGUUCUCUGAGAUGUCGAAGGUGUAUGUGUUUAGGGGAUCUAAGGACAUGUCGAAAGAUCAAGUCUUGGAGCAGUUGGGCCUUGGUGUUUCUGGUGGUAGACGUUCUGGACCCGGUAUGCAGAAGACUGGCGGUGGACCUAGCCCCUUGGCUGGGGCUGGUCCUAAUUCGGGGAUUAAUCGCUUUCUGUUACCGGCUUCUGAAUGCGAGUAUGCAUUAGAUUCGUUGUUGGAUGAAUUGGCGACAGAUCAAUGGCCGGUGGCACCAGGAAAUAGGGCAUUAAGGUGUACAGGUGUUGCUUUGAGUGUGGCAGCAGGAUUGCUGGGGGCAUCUACAGCAGGAACCGGUGCAAGGAUUAUUGCGUUAGUGGGGGGUCCAUGCACGGAAGGUCCUGGAGCGAUUGUAUCAAAAGAUUUGUCUGAACCAGUUCGUUCACAUAAGGAUCUUGAUAAGGAUGCUGCGCCCUUCUUUAGAAAAGCAGUCCAUUUCUAUGAUGAACUUGGAAAACAGUUAGUUAGCCAGGGCCAUGUGUUGGAUGUCUUUGCUUCUGCACUUGACCAGGUCGGCAUUGCGGAGAUGAAAGUGGCCAUUGAAAAAACUGGUGGACUCGUCGUUCUGGCUGAAAGUUUUGCCCACUCUGUUUUCAAGGAUUCAUUCAAGCGCAUUUUUGAAGAUGGGGAACAGUCUUUGGGGCUUUCAUUCAAUGGCACACUGGAGAUCAACUGCUCAAAGGAUAUAAAAAUCCAAGGAAUCAUUGGUCCAUGCACAUCACUGGAGAAGAAAGGACCUGCUGUAGCUAAUACUGUUAUAGGACAAGGGAAUACUACAGCGUGGAAGAUGUGUGGCCUGGACAGAAGUACAUGCUUAACUGUCUUCUUUGAUGUUUCUUCUAGUGAAAAGUCCGAUCCUGCAGGGCCGAAUCCUCAACUAUACAUACAGUUCCUCACAAGUUAUCAGAGCCAUGAUGGCCAGAUGCGUCUGAGAGUUACAACUGUUACUAGACGAUGGGUGGAUAGUUCCUUGGGCAAUGAGGAUUUAGUUCAGGGAUUCGAUCAAGAAGUUGCGGCUGUAGUCUUGGCCAGACUAGCUUCUUAUAAGAUGGAGGUGGAGGAAGGUUUUGAUGCCACAAGGUGGGUAGAUAGGAAUCUGAUUCGUCUAUGUUCCAAAUUUGGGGAUUAUCGGAAAGAUGAUCCAGCCUCAUUCACAUUGAAUCCCUGUUUUUCAUUGUUCCCCCAGAUCAUGUUUAAUCUGCGUAGAUCACAAUUUGUACAGGUAUUCAACAAUAGUCCUGACGAGACAGCCUAUUUUCGCAUCUUAUUGAACCGGGAGUCAAUAAGCAAUGCCAUAGUCAUGAUUCAGCCCUCAUUAGUAUCAUAUGCAUUUAAUGCACAUCCUGUACCAGUUUUGCUCGAUGUCCAAUCCAUAGCAGCUGAUCGUAUUCUGUUGCUGGACUCCUAUUUUAGUGUAGUUAUUUUUCAUGGAAUGACAAUAGCUCAAUGGAGAAACAUGGGUUACCAGAAUCAGCAAGGACAUGAGCCUUUUGCCCAGUUAUUGCAAAGUCCACAUGACGAAGCACAGUUAAUAAUUCGUGAACGGUUUCCUGUACCAAGACUUGUGGUUUGUGAUCAACAUGGCUCUCAGGCACGAUUCUUGUUGGCAAAGUUGAACCCUUCGGCGACCUACAACAAUGCAAAUGAGAUGAUGAACAGUGGCUCGGAUGUGAUUUUCACUGAUGAUGUGAGUCUACAAGUAUUCAUUGAACACCUUCAGCGGCUCGCAGUCCAAGCUUCUUAAGACUCAGUUUUAUGCCUAUUUGUAAUCGAAUCGCAAGAACGUAUGUCGAUUGCUGUUUGAGCAAAUAGGAGAAAAGAAAAAAAAAGUGCUGUUCGUUUUCGGGGGUGAGAUGUUUCUUUUUCUUCGUUUGUAAUUUUAAGUGGCUGUGGAGAAAAAAAACAAAGAAGAGAAGAGGAUAUAGCUGUAAGUUAAAAGACAUUUUUGGGUUCAGGAUUAUAUAUUGAUUGAUUGGUAUUUUUUACCUUUGAAAUUGUGAAUCACUCACUACUGCAUAAGACUGGAUUACAUUUUUGUAUUGCGCUUUGAAGGUAGACCAGUUGUUUAGUAUGCAACCUUUUUUAUUUUCUUA